AUGGCUACGCUGCCCAAGCCGGACGAGUCGCCGCGAGGGCGAGUAAGUGUAGUUCUCGGGUCCCAAUGGGGCGAUGAGGGCAAAGGGAAGUUGACCGACAUGCUGGCCGGCGAGAUGGACAUCUGCGCUCGAUGUGCAGGCGGCAACAAUGCAGGCCACACCAUUGUGGCGCGCGUGGGUGCCGAGCAAGUUGAGACCAAGUUCGACUUCCACCUGCUCCCCUCCGGCCUGGUGAACCCCAAGUGCAUUGGCUUCAUCGGCACCGGUGUUGUUGUGCACAUUCCGUCGUUCUUCAGCGAGCUCGACACAAUCGAGAGAAAGGGCCUCAAGUGCGAGAACCGUCUGUUUGUGUCGGACCGUGCGCACCUGGUGUUUGACUUCCACCAGAUUGUUGACGGCCUGAAGGAAGUCGAGCUGGGUGGCAGCAGUAUCGGCACCACCAAGAAGGGUAUUGGCCCAGCUUACUCUAGCAAGGCGUCGCGCUCUGGUCUGCGUGUGCACCACCUUUACGACUUUGACACAUUCGCGGCCAAGUUCCGCACCCUCGUAGAGGGCCGCUUCAAGCGCUACGGCAACUUUGAGUACGACACCGAGGGCGAGAUCGCGCGCUACCGCGCCUUUGCCGAGCGCCUGCGCCCAUUCGUCGUCGACGGUGUGACAUUUAUCCACUCGAUGAUCCAGUCGAACCGUCGUAUCCUUGUCGAGGGCGCAAACGCCCUCAUGCUCGACCUGGACUACGGUACCUAUCCGUUCGUCACCUCGUCGUCAACCGGCAUCGGUGGUGUCUGCACGGGCCUGGGCAUCCCGCCGCAGGCGAUUGGUCCUGUGAUUGGUGUUGUAAAGGCGUACACGUCGCGUGUGGGUGCGGGUCCUUUCCCGACGGAGCUCAACGACGAAAUCAUGACUCACCUCCAGGAGGUGGGUGCCGAGUACGGUACAACGACGGGCCGCCGGCGCCGCUGCGGCUGGCUGGACCUGGUCAUGAUGCGCUACUCGUGCCUGAUCAAUGGCUACACGAGCUUGAACCUCACGAAGCUUGAUGUGCUUGACAACCUGCCGACUAUCAAGGUCGCCACCAACUACAUGGUCAACGGCAAGGAGCUGUCCAGCUUCCCAGCUGACCUGAACAUUCUAGCCAAAGUCGAGGUGCAGUACAAGACGCUCCCUGGCUGGCAGGGACCCAUCGCGGGCUGCACCGAGUACGAGCAGUUGCCCGAGACGUGCCGCGCGUACAUCGAGUUCAUCGAGUCGUUCCUGGGCGUGCACAUUGAGUGGAUCGGUGUGGGCCCCGGCCGCACCGCCAUGAUCCACCGCCCCAAUCCAUCAGCGUAG